AUGCCGUCCAGCCUGGCAAGCCUGGAUGACUUCUCCUCCGGGGAAGAUGGGCCGCCCACUCCGGCUCCUACAACGCCUGGAGGGACCCCGCUCCCGGCGGGCCCUCCACCGCCGAGACCGGUGACAGAUCUCAGGUCGAUGUCGCAUCGCAUUUCUGGGGCGAUCAUCCAGACCUUUGCAGAGGCUGGCAUACCGCUCAAUCAGGUACUGACACAUCUGCCAUGGACGUAUGGUGAGCUUCGAUCGGUGCGGGUAAACAUCGACUUCCUGACUCCGGCCCAGGCCUUCCAUCCGAACACCCUUCUGGCGACUGAUGAUGAUGCCCAAGCAGAAGAUGAUGAAGCAGAGGGUGGCGAAGGCCACAGUGAGACCGAAGCCUCGAGCUCAAAACCAGCAUCGGCCACAGCUGUGGAUACGGCGAUUGAGACCGCCCAGUGGCGUGGCAGCUCGAACGGAGCAUCGUAUGGCAACCCCAGCACUAUGGCGGCACCGAAGCCAAAAGCGGAUCGCAAGCCAGGGCCCCAUUCGCUUGCUCAGCCUCAGCAUUGCAAAUGGUAUCCAGGGUGUACCUAUGACAGGGACUCUCUGCUAAAAACUCCCCUGCCUUACGUCAGCCUGACAGGCGCAGACGCACGGGGUGAGCUGACUAGCGGCACUGAGGGCUGUGAGGGCUCUAAUGGCGAAGGGCUUGCACAUGUGCCCCAGGGUCUCCUGAACAGGGAACAGGCUGCGAUUUUGGCCCAGCAAGCCGAUGGCUCCUCACCACCCAGGUGCUCCACAGAGUGGCCACCAUAUGUUUUGGAGAGUCGAGCAGACAGCAAACCGCUGGCUGGACCAUUGAGGAAAACAGGGACUCUGCUGCUCCUUCCUGUCAGAGUGCAUGACUAUAUUGUUGCGAGCAUGUCGGAUAUGAGCCCGCCAUCUACCUCCUGGUCGGCCAGGUACUGCAUGACGACCUUCCCCAGAAUGUGGCAGGGAACUCUGUACCUUCUGUUGCUGUUUUGCAUCGUUGCGGUGUACAGGGACAUGUGCCUGCCCAGGUUGCUCAUGGUUUUUGCGAUUGCCGGGGAGAUACAGGCGGAUUACCAGGCCACUCACCUGCCAAUCAAUUUGCUCCAGAUGUAUGUGAAGGAGACCCGGAGCGAUGUAGAUACGAGCGUGAGCAUCAACAGCGAGGACGAAGAAGCAAAAGAGGCCGGAAUUCAGACACAUCGCUGCAUCUUCUUCCGAGCUAACAUGCGAUGCUAA